AUGAAUGGUCAAACCACCAUGGGGCUCGCCGCCGCCGUGAGGCCAUGCCGCCAGCGCCUCCUCACCUCCGCCUCAGCCGCGGCCGCGAAGGCCUCUGUGAUCCGGCUCUUCCCAAGAUGCCCCCACCCGCAACACCAUCACCACGGCCGACGCCUCCCGUUCCUCGUGUCGGCGGCGUCGCAUACCUCGCAAUCCGACCCGAGCACCACCCCCACCCCCACCCCCGUAACCUCCGAUCCCCGUUCCGCCGUCGCUGGCAACCUCCCCUUCUUCGACCGCGUGCUCUUCCCGGGCUCCUUCCCUCCGGAGACCCCGCCUGUGGAGGACCCGGCGCCGCCGGCUGAUUUUCGCCCGGCGUCUGCUUCACCGGUGAGAGAGGAGACGGAGACGGAGAGGGAGGCAUGGAGGCUACUGAGGAGGGCUGUGGUGAGCUACUGCGGCGAGCCGGUCGGCACGGUGGCGGCGGAGGACCCCGAGUGUACGGAGAUGCUUAACUACGAUCAGGUCUUCAUCAGGGACUUUGUGCCCUCCGCUCUUGCCUUCCUCAUGCGCGGGGAGACCGAGAUCGUCCGCAAUUUCCUCCUCCACACCCUGCAGCUGCAGAGCUGGGAGAAAACUGUUGACUGUUACAGCCCUGGGCAAGGCUUGAUGCCAGCUAGUUUUAAGAUUAGGACCAUUCCACUUGAUGAAAACAAUGAAGCAUUUGAGGAGAUUCUGGAUCCUGACUUUGGUGAAUCAGCUAUUGGCCGUGUAGCUCCAGUUGAUUCUGGACUUUGGUGGAUUAUCUUACUGAGAGCAUACUGCAAGAUUACAGGAGACUAUUCAUUGCAAGAAAGAGUGGAUGUGCAAACCGGGAUUAAGCUGAUCUUGAGUUUGUGUUUGUCUGAUGGGUUUGACAUGUUCCCCACUUUACUGGUCACAGACGGAUCAUGCAUGAUAGACAGGAGGAUGGGGAUACACGGGCAUCCUCUUGAGAUUCAAGCUUUGUUCUAUUCUGCUCUGAGAUGCUCAAGGGAAAUGAUUGUUAUGAACGAAGGCUCAAAACACCUCCUCCGAGCCAUCAACAACAGGCUCAGUGCAUUGUCUUUUCACAUUAGGGAGUACUACUGGGUCGAUAUGAAUAAGAUAAACGAGAUCUACAGAUACAAGACAGAAGAAUACUCACAUGACGCAACUAACAAAUUUAACAUUUAUCCCGAGCAAAUUCCUUCCUGGCUUGUUGAUUGGAUUCCUGAGAAAGGGGGUUAUCUUAUUGGGAAUCUGCAGCCAGCUCACAUGGAUUUUAGGUUCUUCUCACUUGGCAACCUUUGGGCCAUAUCUUCAUCUCUAACUACUCCAACACAAGCCGAGGGAAUACUUAGCCUUAUUGAAGAGAAAUGGGAUGAUCUUGUAGCAAAUAUGCCCGUCAAGAUCUGUUACCCUGCAAUGGAAUAUGAUGAAUGGCGCAUUAUUACAGGCAGUGACCCUAAGAACACCCCAUGGUCAUAUCAUAAUGGUGGAUCUUGGCCAACCCUACUGUGGCAGUUUACACUGGCCUGCAUCAAAAUGGGAAGACCAGAGUUGGCCCGUAGGGCCAUUGCAGUGGCUGAGGAGAAGCUCUCAGCUGACAAGUGGCCAGAAUACUAUGACACCCGGUCUGGAAGAUUCAUUGGGAAGCAGUCACGGUCAUAUCAGACAUGGACUAUUGCUGGUUUUCUGACCUCCAAGAUGUUGCUGGAAAACCCAGAGCUGGCUUCUAUCCUGACCUGUGAUGAGGAUCUUGAGCUCCUUGAAGGCUGUGCUUGCUGCCUCUCGAAGAGGACUAGAUGCUCACGGCGUGCGGCCAAAUCAGAUAUCAUUGGGUAA